CCAUUGUGCCAUGCAUCCUUUAACUUUCUUCUUUUUCUACUUAUAAACUCAGAAGAAAAAAUUAAAAAUAAAACGAAGAAAAAAUUAAAAAUAAAACGAAGAAAAACAGAAGAAACGUACAAGCAAAGAAAAAAAUGAGGUCAUUGAGCAUUAAGCCAACAUCGUUAGAUGCAGCGAGGCAUGCAACAUCUGUAGAAUCAUUCGGGAAUCACCAACUGCCACAAUCUCCGAGGCACUCGCCGGUGCCGUAUUUAUUCGGCGGCCUUGCGGCAAUGUUAGGCCUCAUCGCCUUUGCUUUACUAAUUCUGGCAUGCUCUUACUGGCAGUUGGCAACUUCAGGUGAAGAUUUCGGGGAAGGAAACGGCAGAGGGGUUGAUGAAGAGAAAGAGAGUCGGUCCAUAGAGAAGGCAGCGUACGAAGAGAAGUAUAUUGUUAUAAUGGCCGGAGAUGACUUGCCUACGUAUCUUGCGACGCCUGCUGGGAACAAGUGUGUUUGUAGUCACGAGGGUGAAAUUGUAAAUUUCAAGGAGGGAGAUGCUGCAAAGAGAGAGGAAACCAAACAAAAUGACGAAGCAACGAGUCACUAAGCUUUUCAUAAAAAAAAAAUCUCUCAGUUUUAGUAUUUUAGUUUUUUUGUUACUUUUUGCUCAAAAAAAUAAUAAAAUUUGUUACUUAUUUUCUUUUAA